AUGAUCAAUGCCGUUCUCGUGUUCAACAACAAUGGACAGCCUCGUCUGACCAAAUUCUACUCACAAUUGGACACCGCCGUCCAGCAACGUCUGCUUUCGGAGAUUUUCACUCUGGUGGCAGCGCGGCCGGCCAGCAGCUGUAAUUUCUUACCUUUGCCUCCACUCCUGGCCUCAUCGUCGAGCUCCAGUGCGAGUACGCAUGGCGAGCACAACGACGCACCUUCGCUGGUGACCUAUCGUCAUUACGCCACACUUUACUUUAUUGUCAUCUCCACCUCUACAGAAUCGCCACUGGCACUUCUCGAUUUCAUCCAGGUCUUUGUAGAGGCUUUGGAUCGGCUUUUUGAGAAUGUGUGCGAGCUGGACCUGAUCUUCAAUUUUGAAACACUGCAUGCUGUAUUGGGCGAGAUGCUGGUUGGGGGCAUUGUCAUUGAAACAGGGCUGGAGCGGGUGGUGGAAGGCGUUCGGGCACAGGGCCGCAUUGCGAAGAGAUCCGCCGUGAAUGAAUCCCGUCCAAGCUUAACGCRGUGGGUCGGGAGAUAG